GACAACAUGACGUUUGGUCAUCACCUAGUUAUUCAGCAUCAGGCUGAUGACCAUUAGCAACACUUUAGAGACGGUGACCAAAGUAGGAAGGUCACAAAAAUGUGCUUCGCACUUGACAGUCUUGUAGAGAUGGUUACCAGUUCAGAGUAUUGAGUUAGUACUGCUGGGAUUGUGUUCUGGAAGGCAAAAAGAGUGAUAAAGAUGGAGAGUGUUUGAGAAAAACAGGGAAAGAGAGAUACAGAGAGAAAAAGUGAGAGAGGGGGAAAGAAAGAUCGAGAUGUAGGCUAGAGUGUGAGAAAAAGAGGAGGAGAGAGUAGGUUGUGUUAUUGGUAUUUGGUUGAUUCUGUUCUUACUGUGGCUUCAGUGUGUUGUUGAAGUGGAUAGAAACAAAGCUCUGCUCCAGUGAGCCAGCUGAGCUGAGGAGAACAUCGAGUGAGGGUGGAUUAAACUGUAGAAACACUCACAGCAUCACUGAGCAUUCCUGCAUACACUGGAGAGGUUGUCAAGCUGACCACUGGUUUAAGACUGAGAGUAGUGUUUUUUUUAAAUGUGUUUUAUAGGUUUUAAUGCUGGAUGGAGGGCUGAGAAAAGUUGUAGUGAGUUGAGGAAGCGCUUUUGAAAGCUACUCUGACAUACAGUUGCAGGUAUUUUGUAUAGCUGGAAUGCCCCCCUGGAACUCAAAAAGUCAGAGUUUACAGGCCAUUCACAUUACAAGAGACAGAGAUGUAUCCAGGGUAUGCCAUUUUAGCCAAUUUGGGCCACUAAAACUAACUGUGCUUUGUAUACAUUUUGUUUAGCAUAUGGAGUAGAUAUGGUGGCUUUUGUUGAAAUAGAAAAUGCAAGCAGAAAGAAAAACAUAAAAAACAUAAAAAACAAACACAUUCAGCAGAUUAAUUGAACACCUUUAAUGGUAGGCAUACUGCCUCAUUUAUCACAGCAUGCCCAAAAUGAACGACUGAUCCCAAAUGUUGGACACAGAACAAAAGUGGAGCAUUAAAAGAUUAAAAAGCCAGUCCUGCCAUGGCACUCGCAUCCACCUCACUUAAAGAUCCAUCAUUUAUCCAGAUUUGAAUGGCUUUUUAACAGCAGUGAGUUAACUGUGUCUAGGGGUUAUUCUUCAAUACAUGUACCCUCACCAGAGACUUCACUCACUUUCACCACUCAGCUCGGGACUGAAAUAUUUACAUGUUCUAAUUGUCCACUUAGUCACAGAAUAUUAAUACUAUAACCCAGACAGCCCAAGCAAUGAACUUAGGGGUCAGUCAAUUGAAAUAAUUGUAUGGACAAAACCUGACAGCUGGUAAAACACUGAAGCCCUUUAUGGAAAAGGAUUUUAAUGGACCACAAUGAAUAAUCAGUGAGCUAAUGAUUUCAGGGCAGCAGUGACGUUGGUCAUGGAAAUCGACAGGGUUCUAAAAAGUGCAGGCAAAAGCAAACGCUCCAUAGCUGGUCUCUGAAAGAGAAGGAGCCUGGGGGCGAUAGCUGGAUGCUGCAGUAGCGGAUGCAUACGCGCCCAACGUAUCUAUCUGUAUGGGGAUUGGGCAGGAUGCUGUGAGAGAAGCGCGGGGGGUCGCGGGCGAUGCAAUGCAUUUCAGUGGCGUUUAUGCCAAUACUUAUUGCGUCUGCUCUAGUUAACUUCAGACAAAUUUGCCUUGCGAAUCGAUAAUUCCGACCGACACCCACCACACACAUCCACAUAAACGCGAAUCUCUUCCUCCUUCAAAUUAAACCUAUGAAUUACUCGCAACGGGUGGCCGCUUGGUUGAGUUCUCUACCCGUGAAUGUAGUUCAAAUAAUAUGUGGUCGCUUCGGUAAGUUGGAGAUGAUAUCCUUCUGGUUGCUCUGUUGGAGGCUGCUGGUAGGUACUAGAUAUGUUAUCAUAUCCAAGUAUACUGUAUAUUUUCGCCACGGCCAGCUUGUUUUGAUUGGCAGCAUGCUCAAGGCUUGGAUGGGUACAUAAAUCGCAUGGAUUUUGCUCGGCUACGGCACAGAGCCACAGCUGGAGUGAAGAGGAUAAAGGGGAAUGAAGUGAGAGAGAGCUGCAGUGCCAGUGCCAGCGACACUCCACAAGAGAAACAACAAGAACAAGAAUCCCACUCUGGGGCCGUAGCCAUGGAGACCAGCCAGCUUUCAGAGAUGGACGACCUAACAGACUAUAAAAUGGAUUCUGGGGAAACGGAGGACCAGAGACGCCUGCUUAGUGAGAGCGAGGAAGAAUGUGACCAAGAACCUUUCGCAGAAUACAGAGGAACAAAAGAGAACAUAAAAACGUCAGUGGAUGAACCAGACGAGGAUGAUGAAAAUGAGGAUGGAAACAGAGAGGAGGGGAUUCUCAACUUUGGGACAGGACAAGAUGACUUCAGUCUAAAAGAGUUACUCAACUCCUCAAGUAUAUUUGAGAGUGAACCCGUUUGCAAGGUGGAAGACCUGCUUGCAGAAGAUGACGUGGACAACUCUGCUCCAUCAGAAGUGACGGUGACACAAGAGUCCAUCUUGGAGCAGCUUAUCCGAGAGGAGGUCUCCUCUGACGUUUCUACGGGGUCCUGUCAUGACCUUGACCGAGACGACCUGAGUGACUGUCUGCAGGUAGAAAUGGCCAUCGUGUCAUCAGACAGCGAGACUGACGACCAAUGGAGGUCCACUUUUGCAUCUACAGUCAACAAGGAAGAAAGGUGUGACGGAAAUGCUCAAGAUGCUUUCGAGAAGGAUAAAGCUGCAGGGGAGGCAGAGAAUGGGACCAAGGAUGAAACUGCAGAUAGUCCUCACGAGCUUGAACAACCCGAUUGCCCCACAGAAUGUGAGAUCCAAGACCAAGAUAUGUCCUCUGGCCAGUUCAAGGUCUUAUCAGAGAUUCCAGAGGAUGAGGAAGAGGCCAGCCAAGGCGGAGCUUGCAAAGUACGUCGUUCUACAUCUGCAAGCUCUUCUGUAAGCUCUGACAAGAAGGUUCCUCAAGACUACUGUGUGAUACAAGAAAUGACGAGCAAGAACGUUAGUACAGAGCAUGUGGACUUCCAGGGGGCUCGGAAGCAGUGGCGCCAAAUGGAGGAGCAGACCAAAGGACAGGUCCAAGUCCACCAGCCCACUGUCAGACAGCAGGGGAUGUGCCAGGGAGGUCACAGUGCCAUGUACACACCCGUCAGGAACAUCGAUCGACCCAGGAGGGACACCGAACUUGACAGCCUCGCCCUGGGUGACUUUCAUCACACCCAGUUCAGCCCAUGUUCAGAAGACUCAGGUCUAGAUGACCUCAGCUACAGGUCCCCUUACGAGGACUCAGACAACCCUGUCGAAAGGGAGAUACGACAGACCAUAGAGCGCGAGGAAAACUUCAGGCGGGAGAGAGGGAUCACGAAACAGGGUCAAGCUGGAGAAUCAUCUGCACAUCCCAGACCAACCACUCUCUACCCCGGCAAGUACGGGAAGGGUUUUUGCCAGGAGGUGGAGGAGAAACGGAAGAUGUUUGACUCUAGUGAUCCCGGAUGCAGGCCAUUGAGGUCUCCCGACGCAAAAACCCCAACCUUCUCCAUAGCCACCUCCCCCUCACCCACACCGAGGUGUGCGACCUACCACGAAAUGACCGCCCAAAACGUGAUCAUCCUGGAGCCAGACUCCUACCCCACCAGCCCAAGGCACCGCACCCGAGGAUCCCUGCUCUCCCCGGGUCCCAGCCGUUAUAGCGAGUGGCCUUUGGAGACGUCAGCCAACGUCAUCAUUCUAGAGACGUCCAACCUGAUCAUUCGGAGCGCCUCAGAGUUCUGCCUGAGCUCGGCCUCCUGCCAGGAGACCCAGGAGAGCACAUUUGUCAACAAUCCCUUCUUCAAACUGCGCUCGCGGAGCUCCAUGUCCCUGGUGGACCAGGAGAUUAAGAUGGUGAAGCAGAGGGAGGAGGAGUGGAGGAGGCAGAGGAGCCAGAUGCACACCAGGGAGAAGUAUGACACUGUUGUGGUGUCCCCCAACCUGGAGAACCUGAGCUUUGAUACAGCAGAAGUGCCACUGAAAUGUGUGUCUUCCCCUUCAUCCCCAUCAAGGACUCGAAAGCUGGACCGCUCCACCCUGUCAUGUGACCAUAGGUUCCCAGAAUCACUCUCCACAUUACCAAGGAAAAAGAAUACCAUGGCUCAGAGAUGGGAGGCAAGACUAUUUGUCAACCACGAACAAGAGUGAAGAACAUCAAACCUGAAUAAUCCCAUUCCAUAUUUCUACAGCUGCCAACUUCCUGAACUUUGUUAGAUGUUUCCAGUUCUAUUAUUGAUACAGCUUGAAUAUAUAUAUUCAUUAUCGGUACUGUACUUUUAAAGUUAUUGUGAAAUAAAAUAUGUAAUUGGUAUUGUAAGAGAUAUGACACAAUGUAAUGAAUAUAGAUGGACUACCGGAUGAGUACAUUACGAUAUUGUUCAGUUAAGAUCCUUACAUACUUUUUAAGUACUGUCUUGGUUAUACAACAGAAAGAUAUUUAUGGUAUUUUCGUAUUGUAUUUUCUUCUAAAUAGAGUUUAAACUAAAGAGGCAAUAAGAAUAUUAUGAUAAAUGUGGUAAUCCAAAGCAGUAAAAAACGAAUCUAUCAUUGUUCUAAAAUAAAGAAUGCAUAUUAUGAUUACCUGUAUAAUUAACGUCAUAUAAAAUCUUUAAUAUGAUAGCCACUUAUAGUAUAGGAUAUUCAAAGCUUGACUUGACAUUGCCAUUUUGAGAUGCCUUUUUCAACUAUAUUACUGUUUUUUAUGCUUCACAAUGUGAUCUCUUUUGUUUGCAGGUGGUCUGGUAUUACGUACUAAACUAAUGCAAAACUCCAAGGUGAAUACUUUAAAGUUUAAAUUGCAUUCUCGGUUAUUUUAAGUGUUAAGGUGUUCCAUGGAUAUUUCGCUUUUGUUUUGUUUUUGUUAUUCUCAAUUGAUAAUUCUGCAUCAAAAUAAAGUUGUAUUGACAUUAA